UGUUGUUUUCAAUGCGAUCUUGUCUGCGAAGCCAAGCCACUACCAACACUCAUAUCAUGGCAACCACCGGAUUACACUGCAGACGACGAUAUCGCCAUACCAGAAUCGCCAUUAUUUUGUCCUAGAGUCGACUUCAUGACGGUGCCCAACGACGAGCGUUGCUCACCUUCCACGUGUAAUCUACUACGAGAUAUGCGCGACUUGACUGAUCUUUUCAUAUCGAAAAACGCCGCGAAUGAGGUCGAAAGCGAUCUUGCGGAUGUAUCGGCUGCUUACCUGAGCUCUACUGGUCUCGACUACAGCACGAAGGUGGCUGGAAUACGCGAACGAUUGGCACUCCUCCCUUCAGCCGAUCUUCCGGGUCAUCAAGGCACUGGCGAUUGGGUCUUUGAGGCAUGUCGCCUCACUGCGAUGAUCUACACUGCAUCCAUCGUCUGCAACUUGCCCUUAUCCAUCGCUGCUCAUCCCAGCCAAAACCUAUUAUGGGCCGAAGCUGAAUCUCUCAGAGAGCCACAUGACAGGCAGAUCGUGCUCACAACCCAUCUCAGCGAAUUGCUGCUGCAGGCACUGGAGCGCACCGAUCUCGCCAAUGUGUGGAAUGGCAUGGCUGGUGUUUUAUAUUGGAUAACCACUGUUGGUGCGGCUGCAGCCCGCACGCCCGUCAUUCCUACCAUGUUGCAGCGGCCUCUGUACAGCAAACCGUGUAAACCUCGGGUACGGCAAUGUCUGGCCAUGUAUUCUAUGCGUGCGUUUGUCUUGUUAGGCUUCAAACAUCAGAUGCCUAUCUUACUGUCGCAGAAGAGGCUCUUCAGAGUACAAGAACUCAUCGGAACAUACGGCUAAUACCUGGAAACGGCGAGUCGAGUGGAGUUCAAAAACAGCCACAUCUAUAGCUACUGGUAUUGAGACAAAGUCUCGGGGCAGCACCGAUGAUUCACGAUGAUCGUCCAAAGCCACAAGCUGACCGCAGACAAAACGACGUUUGCUGAUGCACACUUGAUCAGUCGUACAAACCAAAGAAGCAAUCUUGUCAAUCUUGUCGCAUGCGGCUAGCCAAUUUCUAAACGAUCAUGUCACGGCGUAUGACAGCCUUCCACGAAUCGUCCGGGGUGUUUUCGUCGCGGGAUGUGCGACUGACCGCAUCUUGUGGCUUUCCCACUCCGUGUCCAUCGUGCAAGACCGAUUUGAAGCCGCCGGGCCUUUCGGGUUGCGAACAUCCGCAAGAUCCGCUCACGAUGCUUUUUUGCAAUCCGAGAACACGCGCUUCAGGUUGCGGACAAAAACUCAAUCCUUUGCGCAAAAUUUCAUUGG